AGGCACUUUGAUAGUUUCCUUGCUAUUCAACAUAGAAAUGCUAAAAAUCAAUUAAGGGAUACCAUAAAAGUUAAUACAACAAAGCGAAUCCUUGAUGCGCCUCAAAGUAUAAAAGCAGAAUGCUACAAACGAAAUCAUCACAGAAAUCAAACCGAAAUCAAAAUGAAUUCAGUACGACAAGCUAUCCUACCAACUGCUGCUGUCCUCUUGGUUUUAUUGGCCGCAUCCUGUGUCCAAUGUCAGCUAACAUUUUCUCCCGACUGGGGCAAACGGUCGGGCCCUCUGAGCUCAUCCUUUUUCGAUAAUCAACCGGGAAAUUGUAAGACACCCAAUGAAAUGCUUUUGGAUAUUUUCAAAUACGUUCAGAAUCAAGCCCAGCUCUUUUUGGAUUGCAAGCAUCGUGAAUAGGAUGUGUAUUCCGGGGGAAUAUUACGAAAUGAAAAGCUAAAAUUUAAAUAAAAAGUAUCUUCAAUUAUUUAGAAAGUGAUGUAUAACCCAGCAUUUGUGUGCCAAACUUAGGAGCUACGUUUUCAGAAAUGUUGCUUUUUUAUUUUAUUUUUAAAUAUCAUAAAUAUUAUUAUUGUAUAAAAUAAAGGAUAGUCGGCUUAUAUUU